GUUCAUUAGAGAGCCGAGAUAAUAGCUCGAUAAGUUUCCUUCCUCCUGGGAGGGGGGGUUUAUAUCUCGCGAUGAUCGAUGGCGCUUCUUCGGUGAUCUGUUUAAUAACCUAUGACGAUGAUGUUAAAAAUUAUCGAUAAAGUAUAACGUAGGUGGUAACUUAUCGGUGGAUAAAUUAUCGAUCGAGUCGCGUGCUCUUGGAAAAGUGAAAUCGCGCAACAAUCGGUCAGAUGUUGAUCGAAAGAAAGGGAAAAAAGAAAGGAAAAAAAUUCAAUUGCAUUACCGAACACGAUAACGUUUUAUUUCUCCGGUCUCAACCGCAUUGCCGAAUAUAUAUAUAUAUAUAUAUAUCGUUGAUUUAAAAUCGAUGGUGAAUAAUGGAAAAACGGGCGAAAAGCAAUCUGCCCGGGGCAAUCGGUUUUUCGGCUAAAUUUCAUUCCGCUGGAAACUUUAUGUCAGCGCCGCUUAUUGCAACUUGUGAAUAUUUAAACGUCCCUCCGCCACGAUCACCGUUUCUCAUCGCUUUUGCACGGUUCUUCGGCCCUUGCCGAAUUAUUUCCCCGCGAGCUUAAUUAUUCCAACUUGUGAUCAGGCGAAAUCACUUCGUCCCGUGGCCACGGGUCCUCCCUCCGGAUCCAGCUUUUACACGUUCGCUGGUAAUUUCGUAGAGUCGAAUCCUCGUAUCCUUAAAAAUACACACACACACACAUAUAUAUAUAUAUAUACGAAUCUUUCUCUUUAAUUUCUUCGAUGGCACUUGGAACGGGUCGCGAUUCGAAAUUUUCGGUCGGUAAGCGUAGAUUAAAAUUGAUACCUGAGCGCAUAAUCGGAUACAAGUUUAGUCGUCCGUUGCUAUUAAACCCGUCUGCGUUCCGUUUGCUCUUUCAUUCGACCGCUGUUUCACCUUCUCUUCGAGGGGAUAGCCUUGGAGACGUGGUAUAAGGGAGGCGUGCCUGCAUCGAGAUGCCGCACAGAGGGGAUUGAAAUAAAGAAAGAGAAGAAGGGAAGGAAGGAAGGAAGGAAUAGAUGAUUCUAGGAUUUCGAGCGGAUUAACGUGUUCCAUCCUUUGUCGGUUGUUUCGCGCAUCCUUCCUUCUUUCUUAAUUUCCGUCCCGGGUGUUUUACACGCGUUCUCGCGUUUCAUGCUCGUUGCUCUCUUUUACGACUUCUGAAAAUCGAUGUCGACACAAGGAAUUCGUGAAUUAUUUAAGAAUGCUCGUUGCCGCGCGGCCCCGUUGUUGGCCUAAUACGAAUGAGCCGGUAUCCUUGUCGACUCUGCAUUCUUCAUGAGAAUCGCAUUGCGCGCUCCGCCUAAAACGGACGUGAGAAACACUCCGCGUUCCCUCUUCCUUCCUAUUUCUUCCUCCUCCCCUUCUUCAUUCUCGCGGUAGUCAUGCCUUCGCUUUUGCGGCCGUCGAGUAAACGAGACGAACGUUCGUCGAUCCUUCUUGCGGCGAGACUUGCCGAUAAUGGAAAAAUAAUAUUGUUUGCUUGGAAAUCGCUUCCCUCGUUUCUCAGGGAUCGAGAACGUGCAGCGAAAUUGUACAUUUUUCCAGGGAAUCGUCCCGAUCCCGAUCGAUGGAAAUAAAUUUCUCGAAACGAAUCUCUUAAUAUCGACUUAAUAUCGUUUCUUCCGGAGAAAGAGAGAAAAUGACGGACAGCUCGCGUUUCGAUUCCCUUCGUCUUUCGAAAAUUCGUUCGUCCCCGAUGGUAUCGUAUCCGAUCUUAUCGUCGGAGGAGCGUAACCAUGCUAAAGCUUGCCCUGCCCGAGAGAAAGAAAGGCUGGGGGCCUAAUCGCGUUAGAUGGUCGGCUCGCCAUCUUGCUUUCUGCUCACGUAUCGCCGUAAAACAAAGGAACAUUGAGCGUGCGCGCGGCCAGAAUACAAUUCUUAAUAUUUAAUCCCUCAUUAUCGGGACUGGGUCCGAGCUUUUGAGACAAUUGGCAGUUUCGCUGCCCAAUAAGAAUUCUUGGACGCGCGCAAGCAGUGGUGCGACGUUCCGUUCCAAACAGAGGAUCACACGACAGUUGUUGGUCAGAGAACGAGUCGAAAUUGUUUAUGUUUAAGAUUAUCUGAUUUUCUACGUAUAAUUUAACGGUUGCAAGUUGGAACGAGAAGGAGGAAGAAGCGCGUUCGAUCGAGAAAUAGGAGAGAGACGAUGUCGAAAUCGAGCAGGAAAUUCCAAUAUCUCUGGAAACGAUUGACAGUUUCGGUGUUCAAUAACAGUUUCUCGAUGCCGAUGGAAGAGAUGGCGGGCCGACACGUGAGCCAAUCGCGUAUAGAUAAGCGAUCAUUUGUACGCGAAGAUCGACACGAGUAUUUCUUCCUCUCCAUUCUACCUUCUUCCUCGAUUACUGACGGAAAUAUUUUUACUUUUCCCUCCCCCCUCUCUCUCUCCUCCCCCUCCGCUUAAAUUAUUAUUAUAAUUUAAUUGCACGAACGUUUCGAUCUCAUCUGAAAUUACGAGGGAGAGAUGAUUCGAACGAUAAGUCAUUACUACGUCCAAUCUUAAUUCAAAUCAAAUUUUCUACGUAUCUAUCUUAAACAUCUGGACGGAUAGAGUAGUUGAAAAAUCAUCAUGCUCGAUGGCGGAAAGCGGGAGGCUCGUUGUGUGCGUAACGCAACACCCAUCAUGCUACGCCACUGUCCCUGACCCGAGAGACCCGCGAUAAUGAAAUUAGAGUUCUCUCGUUGACUGGGGCGAGGUUGAACGUGGAACGCAUACCCGUUGAAAUAUCACUGCUUUUGCAAAAGGUGGAACAACUGUAGAGAAAAGGACCGAGCAGACGAGUAGAGAGAGAGAGAGAGGGAUGGAAGUGAUCGAGUACCGGACAUUGUGCGGUAUAAUGAAAACAUGGCCGCCACCUGGAAAUCCUCGAUGGCACUGCUUUGAAGAGAGGUCGGGAAGUACUUGUAAAACGCUGCUCUCGAAAGGAAAAAAGGGGAACGAAUUUCCGCGAUACGAAUAAUCGAUUUGCAAUCGCUAAUAUUUUGCAAUUUUAACGAUUCGAGUCGUAUUUGUGUAAUUUUUCGCGACCGAUUUUUCUUUACGCGCGCACGUUUCAAAUUUAUUUUUGCGAUUCACUAUUAAAGGGAAAAUAUUUUGGAGAAUGUAAUAUUGCGGAUAUACAAAGGACUGGGGUGGAUUCGGGCAUUAAAUAUACAAUAUCGUUUCCAUCCCUGGCAAUAAAAGAGGCGAUUUUUUAAAGACGAAAUCACAUCCCCGCACUUGUUGUUCAUCGAUUAUUUAAUCGACCGUAGCCAUUUUUACGUCCACUAAAAACCGCUCGUCCCUCUUUCCGCAGUCGUGAGUCCCUGGACGAUCGCUGUCCCACGAGCGUGGAUCCAAAUAAGGAGGCAAUAAUUUUAUUUUUCAAUCCGUGCACGACUCGAGGAAACGAGAAAUAUUUCCCGAAAAGGGAAACAUUAUCGAAUCGAUGAAAAUGAACUACGCGACUUAAUAAUUUUCGUAAACGAGAUGUCGAAACAUCGUUAAUUCGAUAUUCUCCGACGUUAUGCGUCGAUAUUCGCGAAUGGGAUGUUACAACAAUAACACGGCGGCGUAUAACGGCAAUUUCCGUGAGCUAAAGUCGAACCGGUCGUUAAUCCGAUUUCCUAUAAAACAGAAGUGCGCCGGCACGUCCUCGAGCGAAUUUCAUGGAGCUCGAAAUUAAAUAGAAUUUAAUCUCGGGACUGUGGCCUGUAUUCAAGCAGAAGUCUGGUUUACGUCACCCGUAACCACUUAGCGUAUUGGAGUUUGAUUUAUUUUCCGUGGCAAACUGCCGCCAGGGGAGGGGUGGUGGCCACCCCACCGAAUGGGCUCUAUUGUAUUUCUAUUAAGUCUUGGGCUCGUUCUUUCACCCUCCCCUUUCCUUCCCUCUCUUGCAUCCCGUUUGCUCAUCGUCGCAAUAUACAUUUUUUCGAUAUUCUCCGGCGCAGCCAUCGAGACUCCACUUUCCUCCAAACCAUUUUCUUUUCUUUCUUUCGGUGAGAUUCGCCAAAAGAAAUCAUCUUUUUUAAACAAUCUUGGAAAAACGGAUACCGAGAUUUAUCGUUUAGGGAAUUGUUUAGUCCAAAGUUUUAAUUAAUCAGAAUACAAUUUGACGAACGGGCAACCGAAUAAGAUUUUCUGCCGGUGAUUUAGGAGAACGGAGGGAGAAAGGGUGCCGUGUUAUAAAUCCACCAUAACGGAUUAAUUCCAUCGUAUCUUGGGAACACCAACCGUAUUUAUACUAAUACACCAGAGAUACGCGAAAUUUAUUUCAAAUAUAUAUAUCCGUCCAUCGAUUUAUUAUUACGAUUUAAAAAAUUGUGAACGAUCCUCGUUCGAUCAUUUCCUUUGCACUCGUUGCAGCGGCCUUUAUUUAAAAAAAGAAGAAGAAGAAGAAGAAAUAACGUAGGUUUCUCGUAGGUAGAUAGAAAUUUUUAAUUAAAAACGGAGGGGGGAAUUAAAUUCGAUCGAGAAACGAUGCAAUUAUUUCGCUCGAAUAAACGAGCAUGGUAUAAUGAUUAAGACGGAGGGGAACAAGUCGUUCUUACACGGACAGGUUGCCGGCGGGAAUUAAGCAUUCUUUUAUCUUCUCACAGCGUGUUUUACGCGUCUCAGCUUGAACUUGCUUUUAAUCAAUCAAAAAAAUCAUGAGGAUAUAAAUCAAAAAGCGACGCGCCAGUUUAAAAACGUUUCUCUUUAUCGCUGCAUCAUCGAUCUCGAGUUUACGCGGAAAAUUUCUUGUAGAAAAAAAAAAAAAACGAAACUUUUCUCCGCAUUUUGCAUUUCACUUUUUUCCCCUUUCUAAUUCAAUUCCAAUUCGAACGAGCCUCGCUAUCGAGAAUCUUAUCUUAUCAUUCCUUAUUCCGCACGAAUACAAUAUGAAAUUUGCGCAAUGCGCGAGAAAAAGAAAAACGCACGCUUUGUUCCCUCGCAUCCCGCGAUAGCCGCGAUAUUUUUUCAUUUAAUUAUCUUGGCGCUAAUUACCGUAAAUUACACAUACGGUGGCGUGCACCGAGACCCGCUAAUGCGAUAAUUAUUACACCGACUGCUAAUAUCGUUUCGCACUGAUAGCCGGCCGAUUGCGAUUUUUCUCUCCUUCUCUUCUUCCUUCUCCUUUUUCCCCUUCACCCGGCUAAUUUACCGGGCAAAGGAUUAUUUUUAAUUCUUAAUGAAUCAGCUUUCGGCUCACGAAACAUUCGUAACCGAGAAUUUUCUCUCCGCCAAUUCUUUUGUAUCCGCUCGCGAACAAUACAAUUUCGUCCCUGCGAAUUCGAGGCAAUGAUUAAAUCAACGAUUUAUUUCCACGAGAGAGAGAAACUUUCCAACCGCUUCAAUAGCCCUUCUUCCAAAUUUUCCUCUCGUAUUUACGACGGAUUGAAAUUCUAAUACAACCUGGACACACCUGUCCCUGUGCCACGUACUCUCCCAUUUCCGAUAUUUGCACGAAAAUUCACUCGUUCUCGAACGAAGGCCUGCGAUUGAAAAGCACCUCCUCCCCCGUCGGAUAAAGAAAUCGACGCGGGGCAUGCGAGGAAGCACACAUCGCGGACGAUAACAAGGGCGGUUUGGGGGAGGGAUGCGGUCGGUGAUAAACUCCUCGGUAGACGGAAUACGGAUCGAAAGUCUGCCAGGCUAACCGAGUUAUCCCUCCGCAGCUUCGCUCUUGCCCCCACUUUCCCUCCAUUUGGAAAAUCCCUUGGCGCUAAAUAAAUGUUUCACCCUGGCCGGCCUGGCCUACGUAUAUUUGUAUGCGGUGUUGCGCCACCGUAUCUUGCACCUGUAUAUAUAUAUAUAUGUACUUUUGCAGCUUGCCAGUUUUCGAGUAGAACAAUGUCGGAAUAUAGGUGUUCGCAAGAAGUAGGGGUUAUCGGUUUCCGAGGGGUUGCGCUCGGAAGGUGGAUUAUCUCGUCCGCAACGAAGAUUAAUCCGUUAAGGUAUUCCGUAUAUCGGUUGGGUAAGGUAAGGAAUUGAUGGAAGAGAUAUGAAACGAGCGAUCGAAUCGGGAGAACGGUACUCAAUGAUCGUCGAUGGAUAAAGAUGGCCGAGAUUAUAUAGAAUUUUACUUUCUAGAUUGGAUGGUAGAAAAAUAUUCGUUUAUAAAGGAAUUCGUUCGUAAUUUCUCCUGGUAUACGUGAACUGUAACCACUAAUUUAUAAGUUCGAUAUAAUGUAACAAAGUAUGCUCCAAUUUGCAAUCGAUACACGUAAGCUAAAGACGAGAGAGAUCGUAUCGGUUGUGGAAAUUCGUCUCUCGGAAAAGGAGAGAAAGAGAGAGAGGUAAUAUGACGGUUGAUCGGUAACCGCAACCGCGAUAUCUCUACACGAGACCUCCCGUCUCUCCUCGACGUAAAAGUUUUUCUUUCAAUGUUUCACGAACAUAUUCGCAGCCUCGCCGUCACAAACUCGAAGGACCUUAUAGGAUUCCCCUCAGGGCGAUCCUCCGUGGAAGGAGGAAGUUUAAAGUUCCGGAAAUCUGGAUCGGAAGUCCGCGGGGAGAAAAGAAAACUUCCUCCUCCAUUCGUCGUACAGUCUGCGCAGGAUAAUUCAGAGAUACGUCGAUUUUCCAUUCCGCAGCGGCGUACGCGGGGCCCCCUGUUAUCGAAUGAAUCUUUCAAGGGAUAUAAAAACAACGGGCGAAACAGCAGCUUCUCCUCCUACCCCGGCGUUAAAAUUAACUUUCUUCCAACACGUCGCCCGAUAAGAUCGAAGUCGUGUCCGAAGUCGAUUCAUCGCGUCGAUGGAGGAGACGAUUGUACGUCGGAUCGGCUCGAUUCGAGAUUAUCGAUCGUGCCAUUUAUCGUCUCCUUCCUUUUCAUCGCGGUCAGACCGACCAAGCUUUCGACAUUGGUCGAAGGAAAGAAGGAAGGAAAUUUCUCCUCUGACUGGUGCGCGUCCGUUGUUGAGCGCAACGAUUCCUUAAAGCGGUAUAAAAUUCCACGUAAUGGCGCGAUACGAGCGCCGCGUUCUUUUCACCACGUGGCACCGCUUUCCACAAAGCGCGCUAGAUUCCAGCAACGAUUUUAAAACGAUCGCGGAUUGCGAAAAUUGUCCGAGCCGAAUUACUUCGUACUUUGCUAAAUUGCUUAUUGCCUAAGAGAACGAUUUCUCGAAGGGUCCCUAUCGCGAUUAUUGCCGGUUGUUAUUGCGGAGCCCACUUGGAAAAAUAAUAACCCGUAAAUCAAAAGUGCCUGUUAAAACUGAAAAUUCUGCAUCGUCAAGCGCCCGCAAUUACGCAACCCAUCUCCCCCUCCCCUCUCCUUUUAAACGCCGAUAAAAAACGUAAUUUAACUCAGCGUAACGUAGUGGACGAUUAAAUGGAGAUUUUUCUUUGCUCCGUAAUUUUUCCAUCGUGGCACAAACAACAAUUUCUCGGAACAGCGCUAAAAAUCCUUCGAAUGCCGUUCUUGCCGAUAUCAUUAUCAUCCUUCUUAUUUCUAUUCGCACACGAUUGCCUUCGACCCCACCACGAAAUUAAUCACCCCCACCUCCUCCCGAGAUCAUCGGUCGCACCAGAUUCCACUUUGUCCCCGCUGCAACCUGUAACCGAGACCCGUGGCAACCGGGUUCCGAAAGAAGAAGAGCGGUCGACCGGUAACGAGCGUGCGCAGCAACCCCUACGCGCGCAUCCCCCGAUCUCGCAGCAGACCGAUCGUUCCGACCGCGCGCCCCCUCGUCCAGGCGGCUGCUCGCCCGACCAAGCCUUUUUGCCUUCGAGAACAAAGCUCUCCCCGAUUCGUUUCCACCAGGCCUCCCCUCGAUUCUCUGGAGAUCGACGGGCCGGGAAUCAUAACAUUUUCGCGUACAGUCUGCUGCUAGGUGUCACGUCGGUUCUCACAUGGGUGUAACGAAAUCGAUGUCUCUGUUUCGUAUCACGUUCCAGGGAGGGGGUUGCUCGAUCGCACCCUCGCGCGACACGAGCCGUCCUUGGAGGGAAGGAGAGAGGCUUUUGAUUAACGUUCGAAGCGAACGUACACGCGUUUAGCGAGACAUCGAAAUUUUAAUCGCGAUACCUUACCUUUUUCGAUCGCUGAGAAGGUACAGAUUCCUCGAUGCACCGCUCGUUCCGACCCUUGCGUCGGUUCCCAUUGAUGGGAGCGGAUGGGCGCCACCCUCCUUCGAUCCAAUCAAUUAUUUACCACUCGCCAGUGUUUCGUUACGGGAUAAAUAUUCGAGGUUGAACGGAGCGGGGAGAGGUGCACGAUUACGCGUAACGCGUAACGAGUGUCUCCGGGGCUCGAGGGACCGAUACAGGGGGAAUUGGAAAGAUUUUCUUCCAAUCAACUUUUUCUCUCCUUCCCAACUUGCAAUGGGAUAUCGUCGAAUUUCCAAACGAUCGGGGCAAAAAUUUUUACCUCUCUACUUGUUCGGGGGACGGAAAGAAAGAGGACUUAGCAUCGACUUCUUCUUCUAAGAAAUAGCCACGAGUUGAAUUUCGAAAUUUUCGAUCCGCCGUGAAAAUUCAGAUUUUCCAAUUUCUCUGCCUUCUCUGACUUUGUUAGAUAGAGAAAAAGAGGAUUAUUUCGCCCGAACGCGGAGGAAACUGUAUCGCCGCGGUGAAUUUUAAAUUUCAGAACGAUUUCCUCGUCAUCCAACCUAUUCGAGGAGAGAACAGGCCGAAUCACUCCCGCGGAGCUUAAAAAACACUGGACACCUUUUGAAUAAUAAAGAAGAACCCUUUCGAGGGGAGGGGAGGGGGGUGCACGCGUGCACCUCCAGUUUUCCGCGUCUUUCAUCCUGCAACAGGGUCGAAACCCCCCUGGCCAACCUUUUCCGCCGCGCUCCUCCCUCUGUCGCGGGAUUUGUAAGCGUUUCUAAAAGGGUUGGGAUGAAUUAUUCGGGCGCCGGUGAAAACGCCUAAGUGACACGCGGACGUCUGACAUCCGAAUUGAUCCUCGAUCGGGACGGGAUCGAGGCGAAAGGAGGAGGGGGAGGUGUAGGCGCGAGUAAAACCCAGCCUUCCUCGCGCAAUUCGCCCAACGGAAUCCCAUUAAUCCGUGAAACGCAACGGAUCAAAUCGACUCGUUUGUCUAUCAUUUUCUACCCUCUCUCGACACGUCCCGACCCUGAUCCGAAACAUUCGAGCAAGCUUAAUUAUCGAGUCGCCAAUUUCAACCGCAUGCUCUUUUCUUCCGCGUCUUUCUCUCGAUCGAGAAUCGUUCAAGUAAUUUUUACGAGCUAAACUUAGCAUUUUAGGCAAUUAUAUAUAUAGGCAAGGGAUAUCCACGUUUUCUUCCUUCCUUUCUUUUAAUAUAUUCUUCUUUUAAUAUUUUUUAUUUUAUUUUGGAAUUUAGUAGGUUAAUUUCUCAAAUUCAUCGUCUACGUCAGUAAAAUUAAAUUGCUCUCCUCGACAACGUUGAGUCGAUCGGGGAACUUGUAAUCGCGUUUCUUUUUUUUCACCUUACUUUGAAACGUUCGGUAGGCUGCGGUUGAAUUCUGGAACGUUUCUCAACGCUCGCGUCAUAUCCCAUUUCUCGGAGGAUAAAGUGGCUAAUCGAUUCUUAGUAUCGACGAACCUUGAUAUCGAUCAUUUGCUCCCCCGUUUACUCGUCCGUUUCAUUUUUCACCCGUCGGAAACGGAAUAAAACGUCGUUUUGAAUAAACAGCCAAUGCUACUUUCACCGAGGAGGGAAAACCGGGAGUAAUUAUUUAAAAUCCAUUUCGAAAUAAUUGAUCGUGCCGUGUUCGAGUACAAUUUCCGAUUAAAAUUUGUAUCGACCGAUAAUUACUGCCAAUUGGAUAGAUAACGCUUUGAAAAUUUUUCGAUAAAAAACCCAUCCGGAAGAAUUUCGACUCGUUUCGAAUCCACCCAUCUCCGCGCGCAAGAUAUUUCAUGAGAACGGGAUCGAAUAAGCGGCGAGAAAAUAUAAAUAUAAAUUUGAAGGGGGGGAUAUGCGCGCGCAAUAAUGGCCAGCUAUUAGAAAACGAGAGGCGAUGCAAAAGGUGAGAAGGUAAGGUUUAAGUCGAUGUUUCGCCACUACGUGUGCGGCAAAUUAUUUCGUUGCCAUUAUCGUUGCCGCAACGCGUUCGUUGCGCAAUGCCACUGCUGGACACGGAUCGCUCUCAAAUGAAUUGCCGAUCGAAAUACUUCUCGCGCAACCAACGUUUCUACGCAAUUGCAACGAGUUGUCGUAACGUUGCGAGGUUUGAACGAUACUUUAUCUAAAUUAUUAUUAUUUCAAUCGUAAAAGGAGAAAAGAGGAGUAUUCUUCGAGGAAUUUCCAACUCUUUCGAGAGAUCGUAGAAAUUAGAUUUUCGCAAAGGGAUGAAACGUGGCGCGAAUAAAUUUUCUUCUUUUUCUUUACGAAUUUAAGGAGCAUUCAUUUUCGUUUGACAGUCGUGUCGCUCUUAAUUUUCCUCUUAUUAUAUAUCGGGGACACGAUCGGAUAGGAUUUAACGAGCAACGCUCCAAGAAGCGAUAAAAUCGGUCGAUGAGAGGAGGAAAAUGGCGGACGGUCACCAUUUUAAAUUGGCUCGUACAUAAGGAGGUGGAGAGGAGACACUUUCGUCACGUCGAAACUAUCGAUCAAUAGCGAACGCUUCCUUUGUCGCUCGCAACGUCAUCGUUUUUACGAUUCUCUCGAGAGCAAAUGGAGAUUAGAGAUCGAAAGGGCGAUCGAUUUCUUUUUCUUACGACGAGGAUGAACGAUGGACAAGACGUCCACGUUCAAACGCGUGCAAACGGUUCAUUACCCAGGACAAUGCACGGAGAAGAAAAGGAAGAAGAAGAAGAAGAAGAAGAAGACACGCGAAAGUGCAUUCGUUUCGAGUCUUACUCUCGCAACACGGCAUCGGUUUCUCGUUUGGUGUUGGAAGGUCGAAGGGGGGACGAAUUGGCGUGGCUGGCUGGCCUUUUGCUUCGAGCUGCAUUCUGCGGACUGCGCAUACCUAGCCGCACAACACGGGGCAAAACUCCAUUGCAACAUCGCGAUAAAAGCCGAGGAGAGGCGCGAGGAGGUGGAGGGAGGGAUGGAAGGGCGCGAGGAGAGCGAAGACGAGAGAGAAGGGAGCCCGUUCGGAAGAACGGUGGAGGAAAGGAGAAGAAAAAAGCGCGGAGCAGGAGGGAGGGAGGGGGAAAUGUGGAGGGGGCCAAAAGGAUAUUCGUCGUAAUUAAGUCCCUCCGCUUCUCGAACGCGGCACGUUUCUGCAGCGAGAGGACAACGAGCAGUGGAAGGAAAGGCGAGGAGGAAGAAGGACGAAUACGAAGACGAAGAAGAAGAAGAAGCAGAAGAAGAAGAAGAAGAAGAAAAAGACGAAGGAGGAGGAGGAGGAGGAAGAGGAACGUGCCCCGUUGUGCGGCUCGAGGAGGAAGCGAGGAAAUAGUAGGAGAGAAAAAAGGAGGCACGACGAUCGGGCAAUAAAUAAUAUAGGAGAAAAAGGCGAUCGCCUGCAACAUUCUGCUCAAAUGUUAAAUAGGUAUCAAUUUAACGGCGGCCAAUGGGCGAGCGGGUGGGCGGGGCCACGUUGGACGGGAUUGGAGCUUGGCGCGGUGGUGGGCGAUGCCGCGGGUCGGGACGGCGGAUCGCGGCUCGAGUCGCCGCACAACCGCAGGGUAGGGAUGAAGCAUCUGGUCUCUCCGGUUCCCUCGCGACGUCCCGUCUCUCUCGUCGCGGCCGACCUGGAUUCACGUCCCGACUCACCACGGAUCCGGAGUUCCCCGUGCGCGGAAAACACAGCCCUUUCGAUCACCACGUGAGCACCUCCUCCGCUCUUUCCUCUUCCGUCCGACUCCGUGUCUCGCCGACUCUUCCCCCCUUUUUUUUCUUCCCUUCCUCCCCCUCCCUCGCGUAAAUCUGGCGAUCGAUCGAUCCCUUCUUUCCCUUCUUUUUCCGCUCCUCGGAUCGCGCGACUCUCGAUGGACCAAGGGUAUCGAGAGGAUCGAGGAUCCGGGCUGAGAGCGCGCACGGUUCGACCGGCCUCGUGAUAUUUUGUUUUCCAUCGCUCACGACGACGAAACGGACGUUGCAUUUUCGAUCGUCCUGGAACGAAAAGUGAAACGAAAAGUAGUAGGGAAAAGUGGCAGUCCGAGCGAUCCGCGAUCGGUUGUGCAUCGGUUCGAGCUGUUUGUGGAUGGAAACAGUGGCCCGACGGAGUGACGUUUGAGAGCAGGAUAAUAGAGCAAUCGACGUGAUUCCGAGUAUUGAAAAGAAACCUACGACACCGGCGGACGGAAGAUGGCCGUCAGGCGAAUCGGAUCGCGCGAUAGAUCGAACGCCGGAUGAGCGUGCAUCGAAGCCGUCCUGUUCCAGCGUAUCGACGCGAAUCUCGAACGGCACGCAUCCGUAUACGCGAGAGCGAGCGAGUUGCGGGAGCUAGGCGGAUGAGCGCAGGAUGAGCAUCCGAAGGAAUUUCCGGUGAACGAAGGAACGAAGAGGACCGAGGCCGCCGCACGAUUCGACUGGACCGGGAUUGGAUCGAGGGAGAUGAUGUCGAUUCACGGCGACAGCGACGUGGACGCGACGGAAGAGAUAAACGUGGACGACUCCGACUCGGCGAGCUGCAGCCCCCGCAACUACGCCAACGACAGCCGCCGCCUGGACCACUCCGAGUGCUCCGAUUCCCCGCCCCCGAGCCAAACCACCUCGAGGACGUUGCAGAACGAGUCGCCCCGGAGCCACCCGUUCAGCAUAAGCCGGCUGCUGGGCGAGAGCCGGCCCCAGAACCCCAAGAGUCCCUCGUCCGAGGACCCGGACGCCGAGGACAAGGAGAGGAAAUGGUCGUGGGAGGAGGGGAACAACAACGGUGGCUCGUCCGCCGCGCUGGACGACGGCAGGAGGUCGUGGGGCCACGAGAUGGAGGAGAAACUGUCGGAGAAGGACGACGACGACACCGGAAGCACGGCCGAGACCCAGACCAACUCGCUGCACUGCGCGUCGGCCACCGAUCUGCUGGCGCCGUUCAGGCUUUUCCCAACCGGAUCGGGACUGAUAUACACGGGUGGUGGCGUGAUAAGGGUUCCUGCCCACCGCCCGCCCGGCGCUAAUGGAGCUGCGACCGGUGCCCUGCCGGCUCAAGCCUUGAUACCGCCCUGGAGUUUGCAAGCCCUUCAACACAGCCAACAACAGGCGGCGGCGGCCGGUCUUCACAGGGCGAGCUUGUUGGCCAACUUGGCCGCGCAUCCGCUCCAGGGACACCCGCACCUCAAGGACAGGCUGGCAGUAGCCGGAGCGUUUCCAAGGAGGAUCGGGCAUCCUUAUCAGAACAGGACGCCACCGAAGAGAAAGAAGCCGAGGACGAGCUUCACCAGGUUGCAGAUCGCCGAACUGGAGAAACGUUUUCACAAACAAAAGUAUCUGGCAUCGGCCGAACGGGCAGCGUUGGCUAAAACCUUGAAGAUGACCGACGCCCAAGUGAAAACGUGGUUUCAAAACAGACGAACAAAGUGGAGGAGGCAAACGGCGGAGGAGAGGGAGGCCGAGAGGCAGGCGGCGAAUCGGUUGAUGCUGUCUCUCCAAGCCGAGGCGCUCGGCAAGGUGGCGUACCCGACGACGGUGGCCAGCCAUCCAGCGGGAACCACGGUUCCCAGUCUAGACAGGCAGCAACCACCCACGGCCCUCGCCCAUCCCGUGGGUCAAUGGGCCUCACCGUACGGCCCGCCGCAACCUCUCGCCGAACCGAUUUGUUGAACAUCGACAACGAGACACCCAAUUGCCCGAAGUGGAAAUCUCUAUUAACUUUGUCCACAACAUGGAAUCGUUCGUCCUCGGAACACCCGUGUUUUGCGCUUAACGAAAGAGAAUCGAUGCCUAAUUAAUUUGGAGUCGAGAAUCGGGAUCUUUGUUUUUCGAUUUCUUUAUUUUUGCAAAACUUGCAGCGGAUCGAAGAAUAUCGAGAAGUGUUGAUUUAUUUAAUUUCGAAGGAGGAGGUAUCGUUCGAUUUUACGAAUAUUGGUUGGAUUAUUGCUUGCCUUUUCUCCUAUCUCUCGAGGUUCUUUUUUCUUCUUUAUCCGAAUAAUUAAAUAAUUUUUAUCGAUACAAUCGGUAAAAGAGCAAUUUCAGAGGGAAAAAGUAUUAAUAAUUUCCAUCAGUCUCGACCCGCGAACGCGUCGUGAUUUCCCCCUUUAUUGUUAUAAAUCUAUGACGCGUAACGUCGAAGGCAAAAAGAAGUUGUUUAGAAGAAUUUGCCAGGCAGCUAAUUGCCGAACCGUGAUUUGACGUGGCAGCUAUUGACAGCGAAAAAAUAAAGGACGGGACGGGAGAAGGGGAAACGAGGAGGGACGGAGGCGAGAGACGGAUUCGUCUUAAUUGCUCUAUUUCUAGGUAAUAUCAACGUCUUGCCGGCAUGACGGCCAAUUUUAUCGACAUAUUUAAUUUAACGAACCGGGAGAGGGAGCGAUAGAAAGCUAAAAAAGAAGAAACUUAAAUAAUUACGGAUCGCUCUCGUUCCUCCGCCGCCAUCCCCGUGAAAACUCGAACGCUCGAGGAAUUUACCCUCGUCAAAGCAGCAGACGCGAUACGCAGGGAAGAAAAUGGAGACACGAAGGGGGAGGGAGGAAGGAAAGGCGAAGACAGAAGAGUGAAAUCCGGACAGUUUGCGAAAUUCUUCGAUUUCAAAUUGACCCUUUCGACGACGGCUCACCCGACAAAUCUCUCCCCUUUCUCCAUCCAAAUUGAUUUCACAAAUUUCUCAUACCCGUUAUUCCCGAAAGGUAUCAACGAUUAUUCGAGAAAAGACAAGCGCCAAAAACUACGAAACCAAAUAAUUAAUGUUAACGUUUUCCUUUUUCUUCUCUCGAAAGAGAGACAGAAAUUUAUACAUAUAUAUAUAUAUAUAUUUUUUACAUUAAUUCGCGUAUUGUAUAAAAGAGAGAAGAAGAAAUAAAGAGGCUCGUCGUUUGAGAAAGAGAAAAAAGUUUGAGACAAGCGGUUACAUAACCGAAGAAUUUCGUCCCAACUUUCGUCGACAUUUCACCAUCGCAGCAGCAAUAAUUCAAAUAAUUGCAGAUACUGUUUCUCCAAAUUCGAAACAUCCUCCUCGGACCGCAACAUUUUCUCGUAUGGUGCGACUCAAUCGAUACGACAUAUCUGUGUAUAUAUUAGCGCGAUAGUUUGUAAUUAAAAGAUAUUACGUAUGUACGACGUUGAUCCGUUUAUUCUGCGAUCGACUUGGCGGCACCCACACGCACACACACACACACACACACACACGAAUCGGGUAGAAACGAUCUUACGAAGAUCGCGAGGAAGAGAAAAAAAAUAUGUUACUUUUGCGACGUCGAAUGUUAUUGAUCGAAAACUCGACGAUCAUUUUAAUCGACCCCGAAAUUUAAUCUCUUUAAAUUCUCUCGCGAUCUUGGUAGGUGAACGUUACACCUGUAACAAGCAUUUUGUACAUAUUAUUCUCUUAGGCGUCAGAAAGGAUCAUAAAGAGUAAUUAAACGGUAUGUUAACGCGGGAAGAAAAAGAAGAUAUCGAUAAGUUAUAAAUAUUAGUGUAGCUAAGUAUCGUGUAAGUCUGUCUUGAUUUAGCCACUUAUUUAAUUUAAGAGCAACCGUAGAGUUAUCGACCCUAGAAAGAACGAUGUGAUGUUAUGUAAGUACGUGUAACGUUGUAUAUAAUUGACAGAUGGAAAAAAAUAAUGCAUAUAGUAUAUAUAUAUAUAUAUAUAUACAUAAAAAUGAUUUAACCGGUACUUGUAUACGUUGAUUGUACGAAACUUCACCAACUCAUUAUAGGCGAACACACGAUAGGAUAUCGCGAGAUCUUUGGCUUAUUAAUAUUUAUUCGUUGAACGAAUGAUUUUUAUCGCGUUUGUCGAUAAUGAUAUUGUCGUAUGUAAUUUUCAUUCUAUUUCUUUCAAAUCGUCCAACGUUGAUAUCGGUAUCUAGCUCUUUCCAUGUAAAAUAAGAGAGGGAGAAAAAAGUAAGAAUUGGCGAAACAAUGACAAUUUCGAAGAAUCCUGGAAUAAUCGUUCUCUUUUCGCAAGAUAUCUUUCCUCGGUUUCCCAACAAAUUUUUUCGAUCCUGAUACAUUUUAUAAGGCACACUGUAUAUAUUUUUCCAAUUGUAUCGCACAGAAUAAAUUUAUAUAUGGCCCAACAUGAACGAAAAAGAUAAAA